CUCUCUUCCUGUGAUGCUGCAGCUCCUGUAGACUCUUCAGUCUCCAGUAAACAGCAGUCAUGGCGACAGUGGUCCAACCGCUCACACUGGAUCGAGAUGUUGCCAGGGCUAUUGAGCUGCUGGAGAAGCUGCAGGAGUCAGGCGAUGUUCCCGGUCACAAGCUCCAAUCUCUGAAGAAAGUCCUUCAGAGUGAGUUCUGUACAGCCAUCAGAGAGGUGUACCAGUAUAUGCAUGAAACAAUUACAGUGAAUGGCUGUCCAGAGUAUCAGGCCAGAGCAACAGCUAAGGCCACAGUUGCAGCCUUCGCAGCCAGUGAAGGUCAUUCACACCCGCGGGUGGUGGAGCUACCUAAGACGGAGGAAGGGCUGGGCUUCAAUGUGAUGGGCGGCAAAGAGCAGAACUCACCUAUCUAUAUCUCCCGCAUCAUUCCUGGAGGCGUAGCUGAGAGGCAUGGCGGCUUAAAGCGAGGGGACCAGCUCUUGUCUGUGAAUGGAGUGAGUGUAGAGGGAGAGCACCACGAGAAAGCGGUGGAGCUGCUGAAGGCGGCCAAGGACAGCGUGAAGCUGGUAGUUCGCUACACCCCCAAAGUACUGGAGGAGAUGGAGGCUCGCUUUGAGAAGCUGCGUACGGCCCGGCGGCGUCAGCAGCAGCAGCUCCUCAUGCAGCAGCAGCAACAGCAGAACAUGGCCUCUCAACAGAACCACAUGUCGUAGGUUGUUCCAAAAGAAGAAGAAGUGAAUGAGAGGGAAAAUGUGGAUCUUUUAGGUCAUCUGUUUGCGUUGAGGAUCCCAAAGGCAUCGCUCCAUCACGGAGGAAACCAACAAGUAGAAGACUCUUCCACUCUCUCCCUACCAGUGUACCACUGAUUACUGAGCAACAACAACGAGAGCGUUUGUCCUGAAUUUGGUGCUUUGAAAAACAAACGUGAGGGAGGCUGACACUGAAAGUUUGACUUUAUAUUCCCUUUUAUAGGUUCUUCACCCCAGUCGUGACUUUUACUGAAUACUCCUUUUCCUGUGUUUGUAGUUUGGUUUAUUUAUCCACUUUGUUUGCUUUCAUCCAUUACGCAGUGGAUCCUUUGCCAUUUUGCCAUAGAUAUCAUUUGUACAGUGGUGUUUCUAUUGAUUCCUCUACUGGUGCUUGUGUCUCCGUAUGAAUGACCAUUGAUUUCCUUUUUUUUGUGUCCUGUUUUUGAUGAACUCUUUUUUACCUUCUAUACUGUAGCAAGAAAAGAUUUUGUAUCUUGUAGGUUUAGCAAUAACACACAUUUUUGUUUUUGUUUUUUUUGUUUUUUUACAUUUUACCACUAAAUUCACGACCGUACAUAUACAGACUUCGUGUGCAAAUGUAAAUCCUUGUAAAGCAAAUCGUGUCUUAUGCACUGUAAGGCAGCUCCUGAGUCUAAAUCGAUCCUAUGUGCCAUUUAAAGAGAUUUAGAGACAGCACGUACAGUUAAUGUGCAAUAACUGCGAUUACAAAUAUGUUAUAAGCUACUCCCAGCUGAAAUUUAUCUAGAAAAUAUAUGUUACAAGGAGGUUCAAUUCAGUCGUCAGAAAUCCUAACUGUUCCCGACAGAUUACCAGAAUGUAAUCAUUUUAACGGAGUGGGAAUUAAAGGAAUAUUGUGUUUAUUUUUCCAGACCUGUGUAUUUUAUAGUUUACAAGAUCAGAGAUUUAACAUAAAGAUUUAUUGUUCCUUUUAAAUAUUAUGUAUUCUUUCUAUGAUGUGCAGAUCACUUGAAAUCUAUUCAUUGUAUAACUGCUAAAUACUAGCACAUAGUCCAUGUGGAUGUGUUACCUGCAUUUUUGUUCUGAGUGGAGUGUUUUUUCCAGUGGAUCUGUUGGAGAAAUCCAUUUUCUUUAUCAUCCAAGUACCUGAACUCCAGAGUCAAAGUGGUCUGUGUUUACUUUCGUCUCCAUCUUUGGUGAGCUUCUUGUGGUUUUCUGCUCCGCCGUUCCCCGAGCUCACUUAUUUGUAUGUCUUUUUUUUUUAAUCUCUUAUUUGUUUAAUGUUGAUUUUCUUUACAUUUUCUGCAGCUGGCUUUUUUUUUCUCCUUUAUUUAUCCCAAACAUUAAGCAUCAUUUCCUGAAUGUCAGAGGAUUUUUACCCCAUGCGGGACUCUGUGAACACCUGUAUGCUAAGAGCAGCUCAUGUAAAAGCUGAUGAUGUUAUAAAGCUUCAUGGAAAUAUUACAGAUAAUUUCUUCAGAAUGGCAGCAAGUGAUGAUUUCCUUUUCAUCUUUAACCUUUAAACCCAGAAGAGCAACAGACUACAUUAAUGUGACUAUUUCCCAAAAAAACCUAUUGACACUGAGGUCUACUUAAUGGCAGAACACUGGUAUUAGGUGACCUUAAUGUCCAGGUUUUAUAUGAUUUACAAUCAUUUCUGUCCUUCACAGUACAUCUUAAUAAGACAGAUCCCUUUUUGUACCUUUAAUUUAUCAGUACUCUUUCUUAAUUGACUUGCAUUUUUGAAGCGGAUGGUCCUGUAUUUAACGUAAAGAUGAAAAAUAGACAACAAACUCUUGAUAUGCAAUUGUUAUACAUACUAUAUUUGUAUAAAUAAAUCUAUGUGCUUGUGU